CCAUGGAGAAAUACCCCUUUCUAUUGAUGUACUCAGUUGAAGGUGUUCUGGUGUCAAAAUUGGGAUAUGCGUGCCAUCUAUUGCUCUGUCUCACUUAGGGAAUCCAGUUGCUGCAGAGUCACCCACUGUUUCACACAGAUUGCCAAGAGUAACAGUCCUUUGUAGCAGGAUGCGAUUAAUUGCCUUGCACACUUAUGUUAACAUAGCUCCAAUGGUCAACUUCCAGACUCCAAACUGAUUCAUGACCAACUGAUAGCAGUCUGGAGUUGCCAGCUUCCACACAACGAUUGCCAUGCACAUCUCCACUCAGAAGGCAGCUCUCAUUUUGGUGUCUUUGUGCUGUACUGCUGGGGCAAGCUCCGCACAUAGUUCCAGGAAGGUGGCUUUCUGCAGCCAAAAGUUUUGCAGCCACUGCUCGUCAUCCCAGACCUGCAUAACAAUGCGAUCCCACCACUCAGAACUUGUUUCCUCAUCCCAAAAGUGAUGGUUCACCAUGUGCAGCCGUUCCAUGAAUGCCAAAAGCAAUCUGGUGUUGUUUCUUUCCAUGGCACACAACAGGUCAGGCGCCUCUGAUUCCUGUUUAAAUUGAGUGCUCACGAUGUACUGUAUGACCAGCCAUGAUGUGUUCAUAACAGUGAUUACAACAGUAGAGAGCAGUGCAGGAUCCAUCCUUUCAGACAGAGAUUGCGAGUGCGCAGUAAACAGGGGCCAUUGAAAAAUGCCACAAAACACAGUAGAAAGCCCAUAGAAUGAUGAUACAGAAAAAACUCCAUCAUGAGAUAUUGAUCCCUCACCCAUGGUGCACUUCAAUCCACUCUGCCUUCCCAGAACUCCUGGCUGCAGAAGAUGAGAUCUUAAAGGAACUGGAUGAUUAUUAUGAAAAGUUCAAACGAGAGACUGAUGCCGUGCAGAAGAGAAGACUGUUGCAUUGCAUACAGAGAGCACUAAUCCGGAGUCAGGAACUGGGAGAUGAAAAGAUCCAAAUUGUCAGUCAGAUGGUGGAGCUUGUUGAGAAUAGAACCAGGCAAGUGGACAGUCAUGUGGAACUAUUUGAGACCUGUCAAGAGACUAAUGAGACCACUGGAAACAGUGGCAAAGCCAGCCAAGAUAAGUCAAAGAAUGAGACAAUCACUCAGGCUGAAAAGCCCAACAAUAAGAGGUCUAGGAGGCAAAGAAAUAAUGAAAAUCGAGAAAACGCUUCUAAUAAUCAUGAUCAUGAUGACAUCACCUCAGGAACGCCAAAGGAGAAGAAAGCAAAAACAUCCAAGAAAAAGAAGAGGUCUAAGGCUAAAGCAGAGAGGGAGGCUUCCCCUGCGGAUCUUCCUAUUGAUCCCAAUGAGCCAACAUACUGUUUGUGUAACCAAGUCUCCUAUGGAGAAAUGAUAGGAUGUGAUAAUGAUGAGUGCCCAAUUGAGUGGUUUCAUUUUUCAUGUGUGGGACUCAAUCAUAAACCAAAGGGCAAAUGGUACUGCCCUAAAUGUAGAGGAGAAAAUGAGAAAACUAUGGACAAGGCACUGGAGAAAUCUAAAAAAGAAAGGGCCUACAACAGGUAGUUUGUAGACUCUUGAUUGCAAAGAAGAAUAAAAAACCAACCAACCAGUGUAUUUAUUGUCAGUGUCACCUUUGUUGAGGUGCAAGGAUUGUAAAAUGUAUAUUUUUAAAGGAGGUUAGAAACAAAACCUUUCCUGUUAUAGGGACGGCAAUAAGAGCAAUUUUGUUUUUUCCAUUUGAUACAGCUGUAAAAAGAAAGCGGUCUGGCGACCAACAUUAAUAAACAUGUACUAGGCGUUUAAAUUUAGUGUUCGGAUGGAGCUAAAGACAAUAUGAUAUUUCUUUUUUGUGCUGGUAGCACUAUACCCAUUAACAUUUAGAUAGAUAACAAAUAUUUCUUAAAUGUAAUUUCAUUUUUCUUUAUAAAGGAAUGUUAUUUACCUUUGCAGCAAACUGUCAAAUAUUUAGCCAUCUGGUUGUAUUUGAAUAAAACAACAGUACGUUAUAAAUUUAAUUUCUUUCACUGAUGACCAGUGCAAGAUCAAACAAGAAGGUAAAAUAUGACUUCUGCUACAGUGUGUGUCAGUAUAACAGUUCAAUAACAAAUGUUUAGAUAGCGUUAGAAGAUUAUUUUUUAAAAAAGUAAAUGGUUAAAUUUUACAUGACAAAUAUUUUAUAUACUGGCCGAGUACCACAAGGGCCAUUUUAAAAUGAUUGAGUACAUUUUAUAUUUAACCAGGAAGUGGUUUAGUAAUGAAACUUAACAUAAAUCAAGCUUUAUACUGUCACAGAUAAUAGUGUAGCAAUCUUUAAUUUGUAUAAGGUGUAUAAAUGUAAAUUUUUAAGUGGAGUUGCACUUACUGUAUUAUAAUUGGAAAUGCAGCCAAAUGCCAUUGUGUAUCCAAUGUGCAUUUCCUUCUGUAUGUAUGAAAAUUGUACAGCUGUGAUAUUAAGAAAUAAAUGAAAAAAACUA